GGAGAAAAAGAAAUGACUCAUCAAAGAUGCACUUGCGAUAACAUUUCUAUUGUCUUUUCUCACCUUCUCCUCCUCAAACAAUCUUCAUUUCUUUCACAAUUUGUUUAGGAGGGUGAGGUGCCUCGCCUCACUUCCAAAAGUGUCUCUCUUCAAAGCUCAGGAGCAAUUCAAUUGUCUUGGGAAGGAGGACCCUCCCACUCAGUUCCAUUUUGAACAUUUUAGAGGAGCAUAAAUCAGAGCUUACCUACCUGUUGGUUUGGAAGGGGCUGGUUUGCUCAAGGGUGCAGCCGCUGGCUGGCAGGCAGGCAGGCAGGCAGGCAGCCACGCAGGCAGGCAGGCAGGCAGGCAGCAACAACUUUCAACUGGAGAUGGCUUCAAGAAUGAGCACUUUGAAAGCAUGCAAAGAACCAUUUGCAGAAGGAAUCAUCUCAGAGCCGGUGGAGGACACGGACACCACCACCACCACCACCACCACCUUUGUGGCUCAGUUUUCUUUAGAAGCCAAUCACCCGGUGCAAGUGACUGAUCCUAACGAUGCUGUGACACUCCACCUGAGCUCCAUGCCCUCUGGAUACUUGAAGCCCUCGGACAGAAUAAGGCAGCCAGUAAAAGAAUGUACCUGCCCAACGUCGACGUCAGCGGGUACGGAGCAGCCCAAAGAAGUCCAAUUACAGCUCAAGCUCCCUUGUGAAAGGUGCUGGCUUCCUGCACCACCUCCCAAGAUCAGCGACCUCCUGAAUGACAAAGAUCUUCUGGACUCAUUGCGACUCAAGCUGGACCCCAACCACUGCGCUGUGAAAAACUGGAAGAACUUUGCCAGCCGCUGGGGGAUGAGCUACGACGAGCUGGCCCUGCUGGAGUACCGGACCCAAGGCUCUCUGUCCCACAGCCCCACCCAGGAGUUCCUGCUGCGUUACAACCAGAAAGCGGUCAGCGAGCUCACCGAACUGUGUCGCUUUUACCAGCGGAUGGACGUGCUGCGAUUGUUGCAGAGCUGGAUGGAAAAGGAUUGGCCGUCACGCUGGCGGCAAUCUCAUUGAUUUCCUUUGGCCCUGCCCUGCCUGUUUGUUCUUUCGCAGCAGCCGCCUUCCUUUUUUAGGGCUGCGACAAGUGAUCAAAAGCUUUGUCUUGAGGAAACGAGGAUUUCCGAACCCUGUCAAUUGUUUACGUUGUGACGGCGAGAGAGUUCAUCGUCACAAUAUUGUUCCAAACAAUCAUCCGCUUACUUCAAGUUGAAAACAAGAUUAUGGUCAUCAUCACUGGAUGGAUCUUUUCAUAUUCAUAUACUGGUGUUUUUAUUCAAUCCCAUUCAUUCACAGUUACUUCAUUAAAAGGAAAAUGUUACUUGUUGAAAGGGAAAGCGUCAAGUGUCCAAAAAGGCAGUA